CCGCCUCGCGGGUCAGAACGGACUCCUCCGCGCGGGAGUCUCACGUCUCGUUCCUGCGCGGACCCUUCGUGCCAAGCACGUGUGAAAGGCAGAUGGACGACAAUGAAGAGGUUAACCACACCUUUGAAAAAAAGCGGACAUCUCUCCAUUAGCCUCUUGACCAGCUUCGUCGCGCACUAAGAUGCGCCCCGCGGAAGAGGAGCUGGAUGAGGAACUUGUUGCGCUCUCGUCGGCACACGGUUUGUGGUGAAGCAAAGCAGGUACCCUCUAUGCAUUUAAGGAAGGAUCCAACUCGGUGUCGGCUGAGCUCGUCGGUCGUUUAAGCGUCGCUUGGGGGAAACCCGGUGAGGAUUCGCUGGCUUCACCAUGACGGUUCGUCUAUCACGGAUCCAACUGGCCCUGUUCUUUAUCUUGCUGUGUCCGGUCAACAUCAUCGGACUCUGGUGGGCGGUGGGCAGUCCGCUGGUCAUGGACCCCAACAGCAUUUGCAGGAAGGCCAAGCGCCUGGCGGGGAAGCAGGCCGAGCUGUGCCAGACCCAGCCGGAGAUCGUCAGCGAGGUGGCCAAAGGGGCCCGGCUGGGCGUCAGGGAGUGCCAGUACCAGUUCAGGUACCGCCGGUGGAACUGCACCAGCCACAACAAGUACUUUGGCAAAAUACUGCAGCAAGACAUCAGGGAGACUGCGUUUGUUUAUGCCAUCACGGCGGCGGGCGUGACCCACGCCGUGACCCAGGCCUGCAGCAUGGGCGACCUCCUGCUGUGCGGGUGCGAGGCGACCCGGAACCGGGCCCCUCCGAGGCCGCCCUCGUCCCCUGCCACCGGAGACGGAGUCAAGUGGGAGUGGGGGGGCUGCGGCGACGACGUGGAGUUUGGCUACGAAAAGUCGAAACAGUUCAUGGACGCCAAGAGGAGACGCGGAAAGAGCGACAUUAGGACGCUCAUCGACCUGCACAACAACGAGGCCGGGCGGCUGGCGGUGAAGCUCUACAUGCGGACGGAGUGCAAGUGCCACGGGCUGUCGGGGUCGUGCACCCUGCGCACGUGCUGGAAGAAGAUGCCUCAUUUCCACGAGGUGGGGGACCGCCUGCUGGAGCGCUUCAACGGGGCGUCCAAGGUGAUGGGUGGCAACGACGGCAAGACCCUGAUCCCCGUGGGCCAGAACAUCAAGCCGCCGGACAAGCAGGACCUGAUCUACUCGGACGAGUCGCCCGACUUCUGCCUCCCCAACCGGAAGACCGGCUCGCUGGGGACGCGGGGGCGCGUGUGCAACAGCACGGCCAUGGACACCAGCGGCUGCGACCUGCUGUGCUGCGAGCGCGGCUACCGGGAGGAGACGGUGGUGCUGGAGGAGAACUGCCUCUGCCGUUUCCACUGGUGCUGCGUGGUCCAGUGCAAGAAGUGCCUGGUCCGAAAAGAGCUCAGCGUGUGCCACUGAUGGGACGGAAAGCGCCGGGAGUGCAGCGGCGGUGACCCCGCGCCACAUGGCGUGCUCCCUUCUGUCACAGGCCGCGCGUUGGUUGGCUUUAGUUGGCGUGGAUGGUUUUUAUGUCCGUUUUCACGUUAGUCACAUCCAGUGUGCCUCCAGAAAAAUGUUCAUUUUUUAAAUCCCAUUUGAUCGUGGUUCUGGCUUUUUUGGUUCCAAGGAAUGUGAUUGUUAACCCAAACACAGAAAGGGGGGGACCACAGGACGUCGAAUGGGGAAUAUGUUUGUUUCUGAGCUACCUAUUUUUCUUUUUCUUGUUUUUGAAAAUGGUCCAAAGAAUGUCUAAAUAUGCAUUUUUUAAUUAAAUGAAAGAGGAGGUUUCUUGGUGUCCAAUACCAAUAAAACUAAACGGCUUGAUGCUAGCUGCUAGUUUAAACCAAAGAGUUUCUGACCCCCCCCCCUUUUUUUGGUAAUGGAAUGACCAUAGCUGUCCGUUCCCUAAGCCCCGCCCUCCAAGGUUAAUUCCUGUUGCUAGACCUGUCGAGCUUCCUAUUCUCACGUUUACAAUAACAUUAUAACUUUUACCUCUCAUCAUUUUUGCAUCCAAGGCUUCAGUCCAGCUGGGUAGUUUUUGGGCCUGUAAUGUAAUGGCAAUCGGUUGUUACCACUUUAGGUAGAAACCCCCCAAACUAUUUCAUUUUUUACACUUUCUCCUUUUGCGUUUCAGAAAAGCACCCAGCGUGCAACCUCUGUGUGGGCAGAGCACCACACAUCGCUUCAGGCCUUUUUAAAACAUCACAAACAUGUCACUGAAAAAGUCCCAUCGACUAGCUUGAAGUUAAUAUCAAACGACAAAUAAAGGUCUUGGUAUUGUUUUCUCCCACUGGGUCAAAAAUAAGCAUAAAAGGGAAAUGGUAUCACAUUAUCACAUUUGAAGAACACUUGUCAACGCCGUGUUUUGCAGGUGUGGACUUGGCCUGCCAGCAAAGACUGUUAUUUAUAUAAAGAUAUGAUGACAAGACUACUCACUUCCAUCUCCUCCAGAAGCACUUUGGAUACGACGGCUGACAUGAACUUUCUCUGCAGUUUGACGACACAACUUUUUUGCGUUUUUUCUGUUUCCAUUAAAACCAAAAGAGAAAUCUUCCUUCACAUUUCAUCGUUUAGCAUUUGGGAAAAUGUAUAUAAUGUAUUUUGACGUGUCUGUUAUGAUAUACAGGGCUAAUGUAACAAUGCACUUUGGAUGCUGUACGUGCAGAUGUGCGUGUGUGCGUGUGUGUGUGUGUGUGUGUGUGUGGGUGUGCGUGUCGGGUUUCUGUUUGUGCAGGUUUGGCCAGUUAUCACCUUAUCCUACCGCUGACAGUACCUUUUUAUAGGCCUUUAUAUCUUCCAUCCAGCUGCUGUGUGACGUGUUGGUUAUUAAAGCCCACUGCUCCGUGUGAGGCAGACACACUCUGGUUUUUGCUCAUCUUUAGAGGAAGUGUUUUUCCUAUAAACCUGUCAUUACCUGUUAUUACCUGACUUAAAGUAAGCGUAUUGAACUUAUAGUACAUCGCCUUCCGCUUGUUCUGACGCGGUUGUCGUGUCCGCUGUCGUCUCUCGAGUGAGAGUCGCUGAUGUUGAGUGUUAUUCACAUCUGGCUGUUACAGCAGAGACAACCGUGUGACGUUUAUUUUGGAAUUUUUAGCAAAAGCAGUUUGAUAUUUAGCGUGCGCCACGGCAAGGCGCCAUUCCUGGCAUUUCAAUGACCCAACGCAACAUGGCCCAUUAUUACAGUGACCACUGUAAGUAUUUUUAUGAAGAGCAUACGUAUAAUCAGUAUUAGAUGAGAUCCACAACAACUCUUACACCUAAUUUUAGCUAAAGGGCCAGUGGAUAUUUCUACAUCUUUGAUAUUGUCAUUAAACCACGCUUUGGCCAGAUUAAAUGUCUGCUCACGCUCCUUCAAUAAGGAGGCUCAAGAUGAAGUCACAGUAACAGCAUGGACUUUUAUAUCUGUCAAUUGGCGCGGGUCUCGUACCGUUUCAUAUCUGAAUGUGUUAAUUCCUUAAACAAGGUUAGGUAGGAAAUAAAAGAGAGCAGACGAAAUGAGCAGAUUAAAGCAUUUGGACUAGUUUGGAAAUCAUCAUUGAAAGGCAUUUAGUUUGCUUCCCAUUUGGUGAUGCUCUUCAUGUUGGUAUCCUUCAGAAAUCCUUUCAUAUCUAGACGUUAUGUUGCAUUUACAUUUAGGGUUAAACUGUGUGUGACAAUCCAAACACUAAUCGAAUAAAAAGUAAAACAUUC